AUAAAGAGAGAGAGAGAGAGAGAGAGAGGGAGAGACAGAGACUUUGUGUGUUGCGGGCGCGUAUAAUAUUCUAUGUAUAUUAAGGCCAUACAUUCUCCCGACCAAAGAGUUGGACGCAUCCGCGUUCUUCAAGCUAUUAAACCCCAACUCCUAGCAUUCCUUGCUCUUUCGGCGUAUCUGCUGGGAAUUGUAGUUCAAAGAGCUCUGAGGCGUUGCCCCGGGUUUCCCAUGGUCGCCCUCGUGCUAAUCCUUCCUCUUCCUUGUCUGUCUUUCUAAACCGCGGCGUCUGAACAAGGGGAGGGGAAAAUCUCGCGCUUGCGUGAUGACGUUGACGUCGCGGCCGGGUUCGGUGUCACGGGUUCUGCGUGUGGGAGGCGGAGCUCUGGAGGGGAAAAAACUGAGGGGCAGUGAGAGAGAGGAAGGUCUGGCUGGAUAAGGUGACGGCGGCGGGGUGGGGGGGUACCGGUGGUAUCCUUCCCCCUGCCCCUCGCCCGCGGGAGCGCCUGGGUCCUUCAGCCGCCUCUCCUCUCUGCCUCCGUCCCUCGCAGGCUGCAGCUUUCGUUCUCCGGUGGGACGAGGGGGCCGCUGGGCCUGCUACCGUCUCCCCCGUUCACGCCAUCCUCCAGUCUCAUCCGGCAGAGCCAGGAGCAUCUCGGGUCUCCGGUGAAAAUCGAGAACCUGGACCCCCUUCGGCGGCUUGGGCCCGGAGCCUUCAGUCCGGGGGGGGAAUUCUCCUCCCCUUCCCCCUCACCCGCGCGCCUUAAUUCUGCCCCGCAGGCAAUAAAAGAAUUCUAAUGGGAGCACUGUUCUGAAAUUCGGUUUUGUUGGAUGCCAUUAUGGAUGAACAGCAAGCUUUGAAUUCAAUCAUGCAGGAUUUGGCAGUUCUUCAUAAGGCAAGUCGUCCUGCUUUGUCGCUUCAAGAAAUGGGAAAGGGAAAGUUAACUUCACCCAAAAAACAGAAUGAUGUACGAGUCAAAUUUGAACACCGAGGAGAAAAAAGAAUCCUACAGUUUUCUAGACCUAUCAAGCUAGAAGAUCUUGCAUCAAAAGCUAAAGUUGCCUUUGGACAGUCCAUGAAUUUGUAUUACAGCAAUAACGAGCUGGUAAUUCCAUUAGCUGUCCAGGAUGAUCUGGACAAAGCUGUGGAGCUCCUUGAUCGCAGUGUUCACAUGAAGAGCCUCAAGAUUCUGCUUGUUGUUCAUGGAAACACACAGAAUAACAUGGAUCCCUUGUCAUCAUUGGAAGAUUUGGAUAAUACAGUUUUCAGAGUAACAGAAAAGAAAAACAGGAAUUCUGUAAUAGGCUAUACUCGUGACAGCAGCUCUCCUCCUCCAGGAUACAUUCCAGAUGAUCAUGUGGCACGGAAUGGAUCAUUCACUAGUAUCAAUAGUGAGGGCGAAUUCAUUCCAGAAAGAGACUUAAUGUUGGAUCCAUUAUCACUGAGUAGCCCUGAAAAUUCUGGCUCAGGAAGUUGUCCGUCACUUGAUAGCCCUUUAGAUGGGGAUAACUACCCUAAGUCCCGGAUGCCAAGAGCUCAGAGCUAUCCUGAUAACCAUCAAGAAUUCUCUGAUUAUGACCUCCCAAUAUUUGAAAAGUUUGUCAAAGGUGGAACUUAUCCUCGGUAUCAUAUUUCAUAUCAACAUCAAGAAUACAAUGAUGGUCGUAAAACUUUUCCAAGAGUUAGAAGGACCCAAGGAAACUGCUUACGCACUCCAGUAAGUUUCAGCCCAACUGAUUAUUCAUUGAGCACAAGCAGUGGGAGCAGCAUUUUCACUCCAGAAUAUGAAGAUGGACGAAUGCGGAGAAGAGGAAGUGACAUAGAAAAUCCUACCUUGACAGUAAUGGACAUCAGCCCUCCCAGCCGCUCCCCACGUGCUCCAACUAAUUGGGUACUUGGUAAACCACUUGGCCAAGGUGCAUUUGGUAGAGUUUAUCUAUGCUAUGAUGCAGACACAGGACGAGAACUAGCUGUUAAACAAGUUGAGUUUGAUUCUGACAGUCCAGAGACGAGUAAGGAAGUAAAUGCCCUUGAAUGUGAGAUUCAGCUUCUGAAAAAUCUGCUACAUGAAAGAAUUGUUCAGUAUUAUGGCUGCUUAAGGGACCAUCCGGAAGGAACACUUUCUAUAUUCAUGGAAUAUAUGCCAGGGGGCUCAAUUAAAGAUCAGCUGAAGGCAUAUGGUGCUCUCACAGAGAAUGUGACUCGGAAGUAUACCCGCCAGAUCCUGGAAGGAGUUCACUAUUUGCACAGUAACAUGAUUGUACAUAGAGAUAUUAAAGGAGCAAAUAUUCUUCGUGACUCUGCAGGCAAUGUUAAGUUGGGUGAUUUUGGUGCCAGCAAACGGCUUCAAACAAUUUGCCUUUCUGGUACAGGAAUGAAGUCUGCUACAGGGACUCCAUACUGGAUGAGUCCAGAAGUGAUUAGUGGGGAAGGAUAUGGAAGAAAAGCAGAUAUUUGGAGUGUAGGUUGUACAGUUGUUGAAAUGCUCACUGAGAAGCCACCCUGGGCAGAAUUUGAAGCAAUGGCUGCCAUUUUUAAAAUUGCCACACAGCCUACCAAUCCCCAGCUGCCACCUCACGUCUCAGACCACGGUCGGGAUUUUCUAAAGCGGAUAUUUAUUGAGGCUAAGUUGCGACCAUCUGCAGAUGAACUGCUGAGACAUACAUUUGCACAUUAUCACUGAUGGCCUGCCUCAAUCCCUCUCACCUACUGCAUUUUUUACUGCACUUUUUUUUAUACAGAGUUGAAAAAAGACAAGGGAGAAGUUAUUUCUCUUGAUUCUUUCUUUCAUAUAAAAUUGUUAAGAUCUCUCUGCAUAUUUAGAAUGCAGAUUUUUCCCAUUUAGAAUCUCCUUUGUUUAAGUAAUGUACUGAUGUGGUUUGCAUAAAGCACUUUAGUACAUAUUCAUUCCUUAUUUAAGGGGGUAAAGAAUUUAUUUGGACCAUCAGGAAUCAUGUAUAAGGUUUCCCCCAUCUCUAUUCCCUGGCAAGCACUGCUAAUUAAUUCCCAAGGCUGGGAAGGUAUACAUGUCACUAGCAGAUUCAGAAAAACAGUAUAUAUCUAGUGGUUGCAGUGUAUAAAUAAAUAACAAAGAAUUCUCAAUUAUAUUUGAGCUUUGAAAUAAGUUUCAUCUGUGAUUCUGGAAAUUUAUUUAGAAGCUAGAAUCUCAGGUUGCUGAGCAAGGUACAUUUUGGAAAAUAAACCAUCAUAUUAGCACAAAAAUGUAAACCAAAUAAGUGUUUUCUGCUUUGAAGAUAAGAAUCCUGUUGUUUAAUAGUGCUAGUGCAUUAAUGUUGUAUAUCCAGAAUCAGAGAUAAACAGAUUGCUGUAGUAUCAGACUUUUCUAAAGUUAAAAACAUGUCCACAUAUCAUGCAACAGACUGAUUUCCAGGGUUAGAAACAGUUGAUCUGUUAGGAAUCUCUAAUGGGUAGAAUGAAGUUUAUUUCAUGCAACAUAAUUCUGUUCAUAUUCAUUAUGAAUACAUUUCAUAUUGUUUCUCCUGUCCCAAUUACUCUUCUGGUUCCCUAAAAUAUUUUAUAAGGUCCAGGUUUUUUCUCUACUCUUGAGUUUUAUCAUAAAGUACUUAAGGUAGAAAGGACAACGGUGUCAAAAUAUAGUUUCUCCUGUUGCUGAACUGAAUUCUGUGUCUGAGAUACAUAUUUUAUUUAUCAAAUGUCAUUUGCAUAAUCUGAUUAACUUGCAUUGUGUUGACUGUAUAGAAUUAGCUUUGUGGGUUGCAAAUGCUUUAUUAAUUUGCAUUGAAAAAGCAAGUUUGGUGGAAUGAGAUCUGGAAGCUCCCAUGUGUAUCUAUACCAUAUAAUUCAGUUCCAACUGAAGAUGAAGGAAUAUGUAAUACAGAAAGAAAAAAAAGUAUUUUUUCUGUCCCAAUUGGUUUUCUUAUUUAUUUAUUUAGAUGUUUUACUUUGAUUUAAAUAAUAAUAAAGGAAUAAUCAGACUUGGGAUUAUUAUCCCAAUUGUUUCAACCUACAUUGGACAUCUUAAUACAAUAGAAUGCAAUAUCAUGAGAAACUCUAGAAUGUGUGCUUGCUGAUUGUCCUUUUAGGAUAUGUAUAUCACCAAACAGUAAAAGUAACUGGACAAUGGGAAAGAUGCUUCCAUUUUCCAGAAGUGGUGUUGCUAAACAUUACUAUUAGUUGUUUCCUAGGCUUUCUGAAAAAUGUCUAAAGGAAGUCAAAUUAUAUGAAGAUAAUAGAUACCAUAAUGAUGCUAUUAAACCUGACCAAUAUUUACAUAUAAAACAUAAGUUACAUAAGUAUGAAUCAUAAAUCACCUAUACAACAACAUAAAGCUGUAUACGUGAUUUAUGAUUCAUACUUACGUAAUGCUCCUGGCACCUUAAUCAUGACUUGGUAACCUGAGUUUACAGUCUUUAUUUACUGUUAAGUUCAGAUAGAUAAAGUCUGUACUUCUGGAAAGCAUCUCGUAGAUAUACUGGAUAGAAGUAGGCAGCCCUGAUCCAUAGACAUUCCCCAACUAAAAUGUAAUUUCAACAGCAGAUCACCAAUAAAUAGAAAUGUAUUUUUUCCAUUUUUUUAAUAGAACUAGGGAAAUCUUUUAAACUUAAUAUCCCAAAACCAACAACCACCAAAGAAUUGUACAACUGAUAAUCCUAGUGUUAUACAUUUUGGUGUUGUUCCUGCCCUGUUGAUUGCAGCACUAAGCUGCAGCCAUUAAAUAUGGCUUUUGUUGGAAGUUGACCAUACGUUGUUAACAGCAGAUGGAACAUUGCUUAUGCAUUAGUCUAUAGUUGUGACAGAAUUUAAAUUGGAAAAGCAAAUGUGGAUUGAACAAAAUUGACAGCUAACCCACUAAAAGAACAAUACAACCCAUUAAUUGAUUUGUUUUCUAAGGGUCUUGUUUCUGUAAGGGUUAUUUUUCUAUAGGUGUGCUUAAAAUUUACAGUAACAUGUAAAAAGGAAUCAUCAUUGUCAUGACUCCUUUCCUGGAACCCUUCAGUCUGUUAUGGUUCUGUACAGAGCUGUGGUAUCCUACAUGUGAAUAUAGGCUGUCUUUUCCUGGUGCCUGUAAGGAAGCUCUGUAAGAUUCUGAAUUUGCUAAACUUCCAUCAAGCUAUAGCUAUGCAAAUUAUGUAAAACAUAAAAAUGUGCAUCACUUGGUCCCAAGUAGACUAAAAGGAGACACCACAAGAAAAGUCCUCCUCCCACCUUUACCAAGUUGUAUAUUUAACAGGGCUUUGAAAUGUUCAAAAUCUAGCAUUCAGACAAUCAUUGCAGCCUCUGAGUGACCUCUGAACAGCGCUGUUGCACCAAUUCAAAAUUGUUGAAUGAAAAUAUUUGCUCAUGUAGACAAUUUUGAAGACCAGGUUUAAUGAACCUUCCACUUAUUUUAGAAGGUAGUGUCUAAAGCAACAAUUCUACAUGCAUUAAGGAAUGAGUUACAUUGAAUGCAGUGAUACUUUUUUUUUUCUUAGCAAAUAUACAUAGGAUUAAGCUGUUGGAUUUUUUUUCUCCAAAUCUGAGAUAGAGCCUUAAAUUAUUUUUUUGCAGGGAGAUAGGAAUCAAACUCCAGAAAUUUCUAGCUUAAAUGGCAAUACUAAUCAGCUGUACUUUAAAACAAAAAUUUACAAAGUCCUGUUUCAGCUGUAAAACAUGAACUUGAUACUGUUGGAAUAAAAUCACUGGCUGCCUCUCCUUGCUCUUUCACUAUGUAAAUAACAGCCUGUUUAUGGUGCUUUUCUGCUAUAAUUUGAUCUCACUUGGAUCGGCUUUAUCCCACCAUGCCUUUUUGGAGUUUAGGAGCUUGAGAAGCUUAGGACAGUGAAUUGUUAUACUAGGGGCAGUGAUGGUGAUGGGCUCAGCAUGCCAAAAAUUCAGAAAAUGCCAACAUUGAUUUUGCUGGCAUUUCACACUUUCCCCCCUCCCCUAGUCAAAGGGGCCUCUCUUGACUCUCCUCACCCUAUGGAAGACACAUGAGAGAGUCCUGCUCUUGGGAGGGCCUCUGCAGUCUUAGAAAAGAAUCACAUGAGCCUUGUCAAGCAUUCUUGUGUGAUUUUCUGAGGCUCCAGAGGCCCUCCAAGAGCAGGGCCCUUUUACACAACUCCUAGAGGGUCUGGAGGCCUGGUAUAUCACCAAAAAUGACAUGGCAUGUCAUAGGUGAGCUACCGCUGUACUAAGGUCUUUUAGGAGUUUGGAACCAUGCUAACCUGAUCAGUAGCAGGUCUCAUGUCCAUGUGAUGUAUGAUACUGUGAUAACAUCUGGGACAGGAAAAAUAUAAUUAUGUAGACAGUGUUGAUUUUCCUCUUGUCCCUGAUUUGGGGUGUGAAAUAAUGUUUUUAUACAAAAUAGUAAAUGCUGACAUCAAUUGAACUUUGGGGAAGGCUUGUUUCUUUUGACAAGUUAUUAAACAAAUGCAUAAGAAUAGCUCAUUAAUUUGUGAAUCCCCAAAAGAGAGAAGGAAUGUGAAAUUUGCAAACCUCUGAAGUUCUAAAAAAGUAAUAAAGUCCUUAAAAUGGUUGUAAUUCUAUGGAGUAGACAAGUAUGAGAGCACUCAGUAUUAUGUGAAGGAGUAAAAAAAACCCUAUUAUUUGGCUUAAAUUCAUGCAGAACAAGAAAUGUAAGAGUGAAACAAUACAUUUUGCUAAUAAAUUAGAAAAAAACCAGAAAUUUAGGGAAUUAGAAUUUAAUAUAUUCUGAACAGGAGUAAUUUUGUGAUCAAGUUUUUUGAAUAUGGAUGACUGUAGGAGUUGCUUUAGGUAAAAAUUUGGUGAUAGAGUAGCCCUUUGCCUUUCUAAAGUUAUGUGCAAUUUAAAAUAUAUUCCUUAUCAAAAUACUUGAGGGAUUUUGGUUAUAAGAUUUAUUUUGCUGGGUAUAUUUUUACAUAUAAUUUCUAUACAGAACAAUUUACAGUGACCCCAAACCUAUAUUUUAAAUGUGUUUAUAUUUGAAGUAGCAUGGGAUAUUUCUGUCCAUGCUAUUUUUAUUCUAGGGAGCAAAAGAUACACUAGGGACCCAGAAAAUGCAGAUCACAUUUCCAUUUUAUUUUGUGCUUUGUUUAAACAUUUGCAUAACUUUAGUCUGGGUACUUCUAUUACCAAAAGGUAAUUAUGUGAUGUUCAAAGAUAAUGUCUAGUGCAGGUUAAGAAUUAAAAAAAACUUGUAAUGUCCAAAGAAGUAUCUUGAAAAUAGGAAGAGUCCAAAAUUGUAGAUAACACGCCCAGAUUGCAGGGCACAUCCCUAGUGUAGCUGAGAGAGAAAAAGAGAGAGAGAGACAGACAGCAGAGUAAGGCUGAUAGCUGUUUGUGCCUUCUUUCAAUAUUGUGUCUUGACAAUGACAAUAUAAAAGUGCUUUUAAAAAAAGAUGGAUAAAGUAAAUUCCCAAACACUUCUAAUAUCAGCUAUAAUAGAGGGAGGUAGCUCAAUUGCUAAUGGUUUACCUCUAAGCAACAAGUUGAAUGGGUCAGUCUCUAGCAAUUUGGCAUGUAAUUAUUGAAGUAUAAGUCCAUGUUUGGUAUGAAUUUGUAAUUAAAGUUUACAAAACAAAACAAAAACCAUAGUGAUUGACAGAAAGCUUGCUGUUACAAUUCAGGCCAAAUUUUGAUCAUUUUCAUUACAUUUUCCUUGGACUUCAUCAAAUGAGGCUGGAAACAGCUUAUGUGAUUAUAGGCAAAAGUCUAACUAGAGACUUUUAAUAAGUAUAUCAAUUUAGCUAGAAAGAAAACACUAAUAUAAAAAUACUUAUGUUUCUGAAUAUCUAAGGUGAUAUUUAGAAUCCUUCAAAGCUUGCCAGUACAAAUUGUGUCUUUUGACAGUGAUUUGUAGCCUAUUAUUUUUUAGUCUUAGAAUUAGCCAUAUACAAGACCAUCAAACAAAAGCUUGUAAAUGACUGCUUUCUCAUGAAGACUAACAAUAUUUCAAAGUCUAUAUAUUCUUUAUAUUAAAUAAUUAUGAGAAAAUGGUAUGGGAAUAUGUCACAUUCAAAUAAUUAUGAGAAAAUGAAACUGGAAACACUAAAGGGAAAAUUGAUAUCCCUCAGAGCUGAGUAGACAUAAGCUAUAUAUAGCACAUAACCAUGUCUUUGUCUUAAAAAUGAAGACAAAUGUGGCUUUUCUGCUACAUAAAAAUAAUUCAGUAUAUUAUUUUUCAGCCCUUUUGUGCAAGAUUUAAUCUGUAUCCAACUGCAUUAGAAAUCAUUGCCAAAACUGCAUUAUGGUUCAAACCCAGCUAUGAAGCAUAACUAAGAUUCAGAAAGAAAAAAAUGCAGGGUCAUACUUAGAUGCUAUGCUUCUGGGUACAAUCCUGAAUGAUUGUGCCAAUCAUAAAUCCAAAUAUUCAUUUAUUUCUUUCCAUGUAUGACAUGGGGCACCCAUCAGAGGAGAUCUUGCAGCAGUAGCACCCGAGCAGCCACAGAUACUCAUAGCACGCAACAGGCAUUUUUCUAAACCACAAAUUAAAUUAAACAUUGUAAUGUGGUGAAUUUAUUUGUAUUUUAUAUCUUGAAGCCUGAUAUUUUAGAAAGCCUAAUUCUAAAAAAAAGAUCAUGAUAGUCUCCCUGGAGAAAUCUUAAUUUUUAGCAUAAGCGUUACUCUUUAAUUUUUAAGAAGUAUAUGGGUUACACACAGUGGAUUAAAAUGUUCUUGUUGUACUAACAAAGCAUUCAAAGACAUCUGAGUGCCUUUAUCUUUAUGCCUUAAAGUUUAUUUUCUUAGCAUAUUGAUUACAGAAAAAGUUCAAAUUACAUAAGAACACUUACUAAGUAGCAUAAUUGUUUCCCUUUUUUAAAAUUAACUAGGGAGUAUUUAUAACAAUUUUUUAGAUAACCAUAUAUGGACUUUCAAGCCUUGCUUUUAAAAAUACUGAUAGCAUUUUAAACCUUUAUCCAAGUAUGUCAUUAGUUUUAAACUAAGCUGUUAAAAAUAUUCCAAGUUCACUAAUUUCAAAUGGAGAUGUUAAUAGCACUUAAACUUAGAUAUGAUUAUAUUCUUUAUUCUUAACCUAGAACUGGUAAAUUCUGCAACAUGAAAGUUCUAUGUACGUGCAAAUUAUUUAAUUCUAGAAUAAUCAGCAGCUCAAGUGAACUGAAAAUGAUUUUAGUGGUACUUUCUUUUAAGAAAGUAUUUGCUUAAAGCAAGUGACAGUAUUGGUUCUGAAUAGGAAAAUCAGAUGUGAUUUCAAAUAAGGUAUUUGUAUUCUAUUAAUGCCAUGUAGCUUUAACAAGGACAAAUCUUGUUCCUGCCAUUGUCCAGAUUUAAUGUAGAAUUCAGUAAUACUUUCAACCAAGUUUGCAGCAGUGUCUGACAUUUAAGGAAAUUGGUCAAAAAAUUCUAAUAUAUUUAUUGAAUUUUUUUAAAAAAAAAUAUUUGAAAUAUAUUGCAUCUAUAGAGAAUUACAGACUUUUAUGUUGAAUGUAUAUCUCUAAGGUGAGGGUUUUUUUAAAGCAAAAGUAUUACUAUCAACAUACCAGUACAGUUUUGUUUGUGUACUUAUUAUGUAUAUGUUAGCAAAUUACUGAAAACCAAAGCUUUUAUACUCCUUAGGUACAGCCAAAAGCACUAUUUGUUUAGUUUAGUGGCUGUUAGCAACUUUCCUGUGAUUUCUAAGUUGUGCUGGAUAUAUUUAUUACUAUGGCUGUCCCAGAGACACAUGCAAUCCAAGUGGCUCCUUAAGCAGUAAUAUUUUUGAAGGUGCUAGUGAAGUAGCACAUAAUCCUACAAUUAUACACACCAUGCUUUGGGGUAUUUAAAUGUGUUCUGGGAUCAUAAAAUGCAGUCUUUUUGGAAUCCAAGCCUUAACAAUCCCCGGUACUACUGGUUAUACUAUUUUGGGAGCUUGAGCUAACUCUAGUUCAGUGUUUCCCAAACUUGACAAUUUUAAGGCAUGUGGACUUCAACUCCCAGAAUUCCACAGCCAGCAAUGCUGGCUGUGGAAUUCUGGGAGUUGAAGUCCUCAUGCCUUACAAUUGUCAAGUUUGGGAAACACUGCUCUAGUUCAAUGUUAAAUACACAGAUUCCAAUUGAAACAGGAGAGAGAGAUGAUCUGGUACAGAAUGUAAAGUAAAUCUAUCCCUUAAGGGAAAUUGAAGGUACUUAUCCAAAAUCUAGCUUUAUGAGGAAAGUAGAAAAAUUAGCUCAGAAUGAAAAAUGCUGCAAUUAUAAUAUAAACUAAAAAUUCAUCUGAAGCCUUUAAAAAAAAAGAAAUAUUUUUAAUGAAUUUAAACAUUGGCUUAAAUAUAUUGUAUUUGUCAUUAGCCUUUGAAUUGUGGUGUUAGAUUCUAUAAUGGAUAUAUUGAGUAUAUCCUAAAAAUACCCACUGUUAGAUUGUACUUGCUAUCAGAAUAAUCAUUGGUUUCAUCAUCUCUAGGGCAAAUUAUUCUCAUAGCAUCCAUUGUACUAAUCAGACCUUUGGACAUAUUCUGUAGCAGCUAGUGAAGACCAUUGGCAUUUGGAGGGUUUUGCUAUGAGGGAGAGGUAUACUUGAAUGGUGCAAUAUUCACACAGCUGUGAUCAUGCUGAUUCCCCUUUGAUCAUGUGAAAAUAGUCAUACAGCUGCAGAAAAAUGUGCACCUGGCAAAUGAUCCUGUAUACGAGCACAGCAAUUCUAUUUUAAUGAUUAUAAUUACAAAAUGAAAUGGAAAUGUUGCAGACUAUAUCAACCAUGAAACUGAGCAUUUGGCUUAUGCGGAAGGAAUUUUGAAUGCAAGAUAUGUGUCUAAGCAAGUGUGUUAAUUAUAAUAAUGAUUUUCCAAAUCUCCCAGUCUUAAAUUGGAAAACAAAUUCUCUUUAGUGAAAGAAAUCUAAUAAACAGCCCUUAUAAUACUCCUUUUAGCAUACGGUAUGCUGCAUUAGUAAGAAGAAAGAUUACUAACUGUGAGGAUAAUUAUCUAAACCUCAGCAUCUUAUAAGAGAGGCUGGAGCCAGGUUCUUUGUCAGGCUGUACAGUAAAGUCAGUUACUUAAUAGAUGGAUAGUAGUUGAAACCAAAUGGAAAUUUUUAAAAAAUCCCAUAUAGAACAGUAUUUUGUCACAGAUCAAGAGAACAUAUCUUGACCACUUGAUAGCAAUUUCACAAACUUUGUAGACAUGAGAAAGUAUGAUUUUACUUCAUUUCUGUGUGCAUAGCUUCUGACCUCGAUGUCACAUUUAAGGCAAAAAUCCAAUGUGGGUCAGAAGUUUGCUUUUAUUGUUAAUUUGGGUUUAACAAUGUGCAUAAUAUGUGAUUAUUGCUGUGGCAAAGAAUGUGAAAUGACUUUAAAUGUAUUUCUUUGAGAGGAACAAAAAAACUGAUUCACAGACAUGGGGAGAUUAUGCCUAGAUUCCUAAAUGGGGAAGGGGUUGGAUUAAAUGAUCUCCAAAGUCUCUUCCUCUUUUCUUUGAUUUGAUUUCUUUCUCCAAUAACAUUUUACCAUAUUCUACCUGACCUUGUUCUUGAGGAGUCCCUGUUUUGAAGGUCUGUUUUUGAGGGGACACAAGGGCUGCAGCAUAAGAAGAAAGUGGGAGUGUCUUCCUUUGUGAACCAGAUGUCUCUGAUUGACCUGACAAAUAAACCAGGCAUAAAAGGUCAAAUUGUAGGGAAUUUACAAUAAAUAGAGAAUAUUGGCCUAGUAUCAAAGUCCUUUUAAGAUUAUACAGGGUAAACAUUAAAGUUUUCAUUCAAGUACUUUACAUUUUUCAUUUAGAUUGUUUUUGGCCAUUAGUUUAUUUAUUUUGCUGAUUUUAAAUUUUGCUAUAUUUUUCCUAGAGAAUAUUUAUUCUAAAAGACAAUUUAUCUUUAAAAAUAAAUUAUGUAUUUUGUUUCUCAUUCUUCCCCUUUCCCUCCUGUGUGUGGGCAUCACACAUUAUAGCUAGAUUAAAGUGGGUUAAAGAUGGAUUGUAGUUUUCAUCUUAAGUAUUUCUAUACUAUCUUUCCCCCUUAGUAUAAAUAAUCAAAUAUUCCAUUCUGAAAAUAAGUUUACAACUUAAGGGGAAAAGGAGACUUAGUAUAAUGAGCCAAAGUAUUCCUUGUGCCAUAGCAAAUUAAAACAUUGCACAUACUCAGUCUCAUCAUUCCAAACAAUUUAGAGCCAUAGUCACUUUGGUGUUUUAGGACAAUGAACUUUUAAAGACAUGCAAGCAAGUGAGCAAACCUGAGAUUUCACAGCUACUGGAAUCUUAGCAGCAUUUUUAUUUUGAAAGUGCAAACUUUUCAUAUCUCAGAUAAGAAUGUACAUAGCAAACCUAUUACAUUCCUUUGGGAAUAGGUGGGGAAUUAUAUAAAUGCUCUCAAAUACAGGGUUUUUUUUCUCCUAUUUCUCCUCUUACUAAAUAAGUAAACACAGAAAAGCUAAUAAUUUCUCCAACGGUGUUUCAUUGUGACAUAUUCAAACUUAAACGAUUGACUUACAAGGGAGAGGUGGUUUAUAUUACUGGUGUUAACAGUCUGCUAUGGGGUACAGUUAGAAUUUACUUUCCUAAGAUGUUUAUUGAGUUUUUAUUCUGAGAAACCUCAGAAAUGAAGUGGUGUCAAUAAUGGGAAUAUUCAGAGUUAACUUGUUUAGAAUUAUUCAAUUUUAUUAACUUCACAUAUCAUCUAUCCCCAUGCAACCCCACACUUGUAUGCACAUGUGCACCCAACAGGUACAUAAUCAGAUUUUUUUUUCCAAAAAAUAAUUCUUUGUUUUGAAACAGGGUCUAAAAGCUUAAUUUUACAUUGCUUGCUUUUUGUAUGAUUGUUUUGCUAAUAUCACCAGUUUAAAACUUGAUACUUUUAACUGUAAAAAAGAAAUAGAUUGCCACAAUUAUGAUACGUUCAUACUAUCAUACCUCUAGCAAGUGUCACUAUAUAUGAGGAAGUCAGUGGCAGACUCAUUUUUCAAAAAGCUAUGAAUAAUAAUAUAUAAAUCUUAUCCUUUUGAUCUAAUGUACAUUUUUAUGCAGCUGUCAAAUUCUCUAUUUAAUCCCUUUAUUUCUUUAAAUGUUUUUACUCUGUUUGAAUGCUGGGCACAGUUUGUAAUGUAUGUACACAAUGGUAUUUUUUUCUAUCGAUGUUGACUUUUGCACAUUUUUUGAAAAUGUUUAAUUUGUACACUGAUUUAAUACUCUGACCAACUGUUAUGGAGUGUAUGCAGAAACGUAUGUGUGCAAUGUACUACUGUCUUGAAUGUAUGAGGAUUUUCUAAUUCAGUAUAAAUGUAUGUCAACUUCUGGCUUUAUCUUGGUUGAGGAACUCAGGACAUUAAUGUUGCUUACUAGUUCCCCAUUGUAGAUCUAAUCCAGCAACUUGGUUGCAUCUAAGCAGCUUUGUCUCUCUCUUUCACACAUGCAUGCACACUGACAUGCACACAAAUAAUUCCAUUUGUGAACAGGGAUUUCCCAGCUCACUUCAUACUAUUGAAUAUACCAGUCAAAUAUUGGCAAUAGUUUGCAACAUAAUUGGUUUAAAAUAGCAAUUAACUGAGUUUUCUCUUUCCUAUCUUUAAUGUAAGUCUUUUCACAUUCAGUUUUGAGUAUUUGACCAUUAUUUGAGUGGAAAAUUGGCCAAAUGCCAAAUUGUUUCACCUGUGUGUGACGAGAGUGCAUGCAAACUUUUCAGAAGUAUGAAGCAACUAAGGAAACACUGCUUACAUGAAACUUCAUGCACUCAUCAAAGCCUCUGUAAACUUUGGGUUGUGGCAAAGAAGUCUCACUUUCAAAAAAUAAGGUAUACAAAAAUACCUUCUAUGUACUGUGUUUUCUCUUUCCGACAGACUCCACAGAUUCAUUUCUACAUUUUUAAAUCUUUUUUUAAAGGUACUGCAUUUAGUUAGAUAAAUAUAUAAAAGCUUUGAAAGAUAAUUUACUAGAUAAAUAUAUUUUCAGCUGGCUGAUGUUCAGAAAAUAUUUUUUUAAUUUUUGUUUUUAACCAUUCAAAAUGUAUUUGUAUUUCCAGAAUUGGACAUGAAUUGUAUAUUAAAACACUCUGGCUGGACAAUGGUUUGGUUUGUCUUGUAAGGAUUGUCUCUGUCUCUCUUUCUGUCCCUCUGUGUGUCCCCCUUCCCCCCCCCUCUCAUUUUUUAAAAAAACCUGAAAAGUGUUUCCUUGAUACGAAGAAUAGUAAUACUGCUCUGCAAAGCUGAAAGCAAUCUUUGAAUUUAUAGCUGCUUGAAAAAAUUGAGACACAUAACCAGUCUUAGAAAAGUCAGAUGAUGUUUUUAUUGCCUAUUCCCUUUUGUUACAAUGAAUGUUAUGUCUCCUGGAUCUGGGAAAAUUAAAGCAUAUUGAGGGUACUAGCAGAAUGCCAAUGUUUAAGUUGACAACCUAGUUUUGAAAGGAUCUUUGUAUUAAUGAUUAAGAUGUACCAACUGUAAGGUUGUGAAAUAGAGCAUUGGGGAUAUCAAGAAUUGACAUAAAACUGGUAUUCUUUUUUUUUUAAAGAGUGUAGUAAUGGCCUGGUAUGGUGUGGUUUGUUCCAUUGUUCAUGCACAUUAGGACUUUGUUAUAGUGCUUGUACAAAAUGUAUAAUUUUUAAUUUUUUAAAAAAAUACGUAUUUAUCCAUUAUUUUCCUGCUGGUAAGUGGCAUUUUAUUUUGGGGUCUUUAUCAAAUAUAAAGUAAGCCAUGCUUUAUUAUCUUGUGUUUGACCAAAUUACUUUGUUUUAUGAAAUGUGUAUAUUGCUUGUACACAUCUUCAUUCAGAACGAUUGUGCAUGAGGACCUGCAAGAAUUAAUACAAGAAAGAUUUUUUUUCCUUCCAUGUUAUUUCAUUCUGGAAAGAUUAUGGUGCAAAGGUAUACUGGAUGUAACCUUAUGAGCUUAUGGAAUGACUAUAGAUAAUGGCACUUUUAAGUGUUAAUAAAACAAAUAUUUAUUUCCAA